CUCGGGGAGUGCAUGUAGUGGAUGAUUAGGCUAUACCUGUCUAGCCCCCCUCCCCGAAGAUCCCUAGUCCUCCACUGAAGCACUCAAACUUCCUCAUAGCCUGCGAAGCACACUCAGAUAAAAUCGGUCCGGUCACUUGCUCGCACCGCUUUGUUUCACUAGAUUUGUGCCUUCACAACAUAAAUUUGCCGCCGACUUUGCAGCAGUUUCGUGCAUUGCUCUGCUGAACUCACAUCGGCUGUUGAGCUGUCAACCCAAGAGGUUCAAAUUUCUUACAGUAUCAAAGGACAUCUUGAAUUGCCGGUCGCGUCACCCAGAAACUCUGAAGCAUGGGUAAGCGGAAGAAGUCGAGCAGGCAACCACAGCAACCUAGAAAGAGAGAACCGUUGCCUACGACAUUUGCGUGCCUUUUCUGCAAUCACGAAAACUCCAUCGUCGUAAAACUAGACAAGAAACUUGGCCUAGGGAACCUGUCCUGCAAAGUCUGCGGUCAGCGAUUUCAGACGGGCAUAAACUAUCUCUCCGCUGCUGUUGAUGUAUACUCGGACUGGGUGGAUGCCUGUGACGCGGUUGCCAAGGAUACUGCUACCAAGUACGAGGAUAAUGAUCCUCGUGUCAGACCUUCGAACGAUUUCGCUACUUCCCCCAGUGCUCGUGAUGUUGGGUUCGAGGAAGCGGAUCGGAACGAUACAUAUGCCGAUGAAUACUGACUCUGAACUUAGAGGAUCCCGCAGCGUACCAAAUGAAGUAACAUUGAACUUGCGGCACACUUCUUAGUUGAAGAUACUAUACCCUAAUACUGUGAAUGGAAUCCAG